GACAUUUUGCGACAGGCGCCUGCGAACAGUAUCGGUGUCUGUGCGUGAGGAGAUUCUGUAACUGGGGAGCUCUAUUUUUGUUUUGGAAAAACUGGAAAAACUUAAAAUGACGCGGAGGAGUGACAGUGUCAUCGUGGUGAAGGCUGGCGCGGUGACUGCUUCUGCAGCUGAUCUUCAUAGACAGCAGAGAGUGAGUCGCUCUGUGGCUUGCCGGUGCGCAGCAGUAUACUCUUCUAUACUUCAGUAUAAUGGACGACUGUGAGCAGCUCCUGGCCGCAAGGUCAGAGGAGAGGAGGCCAAACAGGCACUGCGGGUGGAGCGCUCACACUCAGAGCCUGGAGUCGAAGAUGGUGGAGGACUUCAGACGGAGGCUCAAGUACUUCUUCAUGAACCCCUGUGAGAAAUACAAAGCCAGGGGUCGCAAACCAUGGAAACUGAUGUUACAAAUAUUAAAAAUUGCGAUCAUCACAGUGCAGCUAGUCUCUUUUGGCCUCAGCAACGAAAUGAUGGUCACGUUCAAAGACGACAAUCUGAUGACAUUCAGACAUUUGUUUCUAAAAGGAUAUAAGGAUCACCGACUUGGAAGCUAUGACCUGUACACAAAAGCAGAUGUGUAUGCUCACAUCUACUACGUUAUCGACAGGUACCUCAAUCUCCAAAACUUGACAGUAGGUAACCUCGCAUAUGAGAUGGCUGAAGGACAGUACACUCCUCUGUCUGUGUGUCAAGAGUUUUACAGAAACACCAGCAUUGAUCCUGGAAAUGACACCUUUGACAUUGAUCCACAUAUCGAUAAAGAUUGUAUUUCCAUAUAUCCUGUGCGGUUGUUUGACAACAGCAGUAUGCCGGAACAUGCGAACUUUAGCUUGGAUUUCAAAAGGCUGCUAUCAGUGAGCAUCUACCUCACGCUGAAAACCAUCAAUCUGCAGACUGUGCGCCACCACGAGCUACCAGACUGUUAUGACUUCCACAUAAUGAUCAUGUUUGAUAACCGUGCACACAGUGGAAAGAUCAAGGUUGAUGUUGAAAAUGAUGUAAGGAUUUAUGAAUGCAGAGACUGGAAUGUGGAAGGCACUUCUGAUAAGAACGAUUACCUCCUCUUGUCGUUCGAUUCUGUCGUCAUCAUCGCCUGCUUCACCUCUCUCAUCCUCUGCACGCGAUCUGUCAUCAACGGCAUCCAACUCCAGUUUGAGUUCAACAUAUUCUUCCAUGCCUACUACAAUAAAAUUGUGAGCUGGUCAGACCGCAUGGAGUUUGUGAAUGGAUGGUACAUCCUCAUCAUUGUGAGCGACACGUUAACCAUCGCUGGGUCAGCGCUCAAAAUUGGAAUACAAACAAAGUACCUGACAAACUAUGAUGUCUGCAGUAUCUUGCUGGGAACAGCCACAAUGCUCGUCUGGAUCGGCGUGAUUCGUUACCUUGGUUUCUUCAGGAAAUACAACAUAUUAAUCCUAACCCUCAGGGCAGCAUUCCCAAAUGUGAUCCGAUUCUGCUGCUGCGCUGCCAUGAUCUAUCUCGGGUACUGUUUCUGUGGUUGGAUCGUCCUUGGGCCUUACCAUGACAAAUUCCGAACGCUCGACAAGGUGACGGAGUGCCUCUUCUCUCUCAUCAACGGGGACGACAUGUACGCCACCUUCCUGAAGCUGAGAGACAAGAGCUACAUGGUGUGGCUUUUCAGCAGAGUUUACCUCUACACCUUCAUCUCCCUCUUCAUCUACAUGGUGCUCAGCCUGUUCAUCGCUCUCAUUACAGACACCUAUGAAACCAUCAAGCAUCACCAGCAAGACAAGGAACCAGUGUCCCAGCUUCAGGCGUUCAUUGCAGAGUGCAGGGACCAGCCUGAGUCUGGACGAUACCAGACUGAUGAAGAGCCAGCUUUGUGCUGCCUCUCUCCACGCUGCUGCUUUGGAUGAGAAGAUGCAGCUUUUUUUCCUUUGGCACAUGCGGACAGAGUCGGCCUAUCAUGAGGCUGCAGAGAGUCCUGACUGUCUGCAUAGAGCAUUUGAUCAUACUGAUGCCUGAUGAGAAUGCAACAAUAUCAUCUAACAGAAGUACUUUAACUUGUUUGUUUGAUUUUUUUACUUGACUUGCUGAACACCACUGAAGCAAAUGGUUCAUAGUUCAGACCUGCAUGAUGUAAUAAUAACAACAUGAAUAUGCACUAAAGGACCAGUUCCUCCUCAGUUCAGUGAUGUAUUGAAAGGUGAAUACUUUUCUUUAAGGUUUCUCAGAGUUGACGCAAUGUUGAAUUUGCUCCUGUUUGCACAGUAACUACUAGUAACAACUGUAGGCUAUUUGUUUUUUUCUGUUUACACACACGAGUAUACUCCUUAACUAAAAAUGAAAAGGUAUAAAUAGAUAUAUGGAUUUUAAAAGCUACUCAGUAACAGAAAAGUUUACAGUGCUUUUUGUCUUUCAUAGUAUGUUGUUGCGUACUUGUGUACAUUUUCUGAAUGUAACUGUAUUGACAUAUGUGUAUGUCUGUGAAUCUUUGUGUAUUUUUGUUCUGCUUCUGUGUAUUUCUUUGCACCUGUGACCAA